AAAAAGAAAAAACAAACAAAACUUAUACAAUUUGAUAAAAAGCUAAACAACGAACAAACUAAAAUUGUAUCUAUUAAGUUGAACAACUUCCAAAUGAUAAGAUUUAAUAUUAAUAAUAAAUGUAAAAUAAAAACAAAAUAAUAAAAUUAAGUCAAAAACCGGUUAAUUACCAUUAAGAGACACCACACUCUUAUCAGAAUAUAUUUACUGAUACAUAUUUUCUUAAAGAAAAUAAAAAAAAUUUAAAUUUUAUUUAAAAUACUAGAAACUGAACUAGAAAAUCCAGAUUUAUUUUUGGAAUAAAUUAAAUUUGUUUUUUUUUAAAUUCCACAACAUGAGAUACAUGUGGACAAAACUUCAACCACAUUUGAGAAAAACAGUUGAGACUAACAGGUCGUCGUUGUUUUUCAAAGAUCGUAGUUGUUAUUUAAUUAAAAACCAUUUAAAUAUGAGCACUAAUACUGUACUUUCUACUCCCGCUGCGGCUGCUGCUUCCGAUGAAAAGCCAAUACUUUAUUCGUAUUGGCGCAGUUCCUGUUCUUGGCGUGUGCGCAUUGCUUUGAAUUUGAAGGAAAUUCCUUAUGAUAUUAAACCCAUUAGUUUGAUUAAAUCGGGCGGUGAACAGCAUUGCAAUGAAUAUCGUGAGGUUAAUCCCAUGGAACAAGUACCAGCUUUGCAAAUUGAUGGCCAUACGUUAAUUGAAUCUUUGGCUAUUAUGCAUUAUUUGGAGGAGACACGCCCUCAACGUCCUCUUUUGCCUCAAGAUGUUCACAAACGUGCCAAAGUUCGUGAGAUUUGUGAAAUUAUCUGCUCGGGCAUUCAACCUUUACAAAAUCUUAUCGUUUUGAUUCAUGUCGGCGAGGAGAAGAAAAAAGAAUGGGCUCAACAUUGGAUUACCCGUGGUUUUAGGGCUGUCGAAAAGGUUCUAUCGACUUCAGCUGGCAAGUACUGUGUGGGUGAUGAAAUUUCCAUGGCUGAUUGUUGUUUGGUUCCUCAAGUUUUUAAUGCACGCAGAUUCCAUGUUGAUUUACGUCCUUAUCCCAUCAUUUUGCGUAUCGAUCGUGAAUUGGAGAGUAAUCCAGCUUUUCGUGCGGCUCAUCCCUCCAACCAACCGGACUGUCCACCAGAGUUGCCAAAUAAAUAGAAUUUUCCGCAACCAACUGCAAAACGAAGAAAAACGAAAAAAUAAAAUGUUUUGCAGUUUUGAAAAUUUGAAAAAACAACAACAUAAAAACUAUUCCAGCAAAGAAAAACAAAAAAGAAAAUAUUUUGUAAAACUCCCUCUAAAAAUAUAAUUUUCUUAAAAAAUUAAAAAUUUAUAAUUAAAAAAGACAUAAUAAAUUAUAAUAAUAAAAGAAAUAAAACAGCACAUGAUGUGAUGAUUGCAGUUGCAAACCGCAUAUUAGGACGUUUGAUAAACGUAAAUUGAUAAUUUAAUAAAUAAAACAAAUUAAUGUUUGGCUCUAAUGUGACAUUAAAAUUAAAUUCAAAAUAAAAUUGGAAACAAAUAAAAAAAGAUUUUCUUGGAAAAUUUAGAAUUACAAAUUGAAAUUUACAUUUAGGUUUUAAUUAAUUUUUUUGAAAUUUCUUUAUUUAACAAAAAACUAAAAAUAAAUACUUACUAUUAAAAAAAACUCUUUGUACGAAAAGCAAAAUUACAUUCAGGGAUUUUUUCUAAAUAAAAAAAUAAAAUAUUUUUAAAAAAUAAAAAAACACAAUUUUACUUAAAAAAAAGUUAUUAAAACCUUUUUUUAACAAUUACUUAAAAACAAAAACAUUAUUAAACAAAUAUUUUCCAUAAAGUAGCUGAAAAGAAAAACAAACAAAUAAAGUAAAUAUUAAAAUACAAUUUUACUAUCAAAGGUACAAACAAUUUCACUAUUAAACAAAAAGAAAACUUAAUAUUAAAACAAAAUAUAUAAAAAAAAUCAUAUAAAAAAACUAAUGAGGGCCACAAACUUUCCCCUAAUAAUAACAACUUCUUCUUCAAUUUAACAACAACUAUUAAAAGUAGUAAGCAAAAAUAUCCAUAUAAAUUUUAAUUCCAAAAUACCACAUUUAUUAGAAAUCUUUUUAACAAAAAUAGUUUCAACUUUGAAUAUAAAAUAUUAAAAUCUGUAAUCUUGAGAAAUUUAAAAAACAAGUUUUAAUUAUACAAAAAUAUCAUCUAAUCAAGCACACAUUUGAAACUUAAAUUAAAAAAAAUUUGAAAUUUUGAACUUUUAGUAAACAGCACUUUAACAUCCAACUAUAAACUGUCAUUAGAAAAAUAUUUGUUUUAAAAGAAAAUAAUUAUAAUUUUAAAUAAUGUUGUAUUUGAAAAAAAGAAACUAUAUAUUCAUUGAUAACUCAAAUAGUAAAGGUGAAAAAGAAAAACUAAAUAUUAUUCAUGUAAAAUCCCAAACAAAAAAAAAUUAUAUGUAAAUGUGUUUAAUUAAUUACUAACAUUAAAUAAAAUAUAUAAAGAACGAUUUAAUGAUGAACAAACAAUAACGUUUCCUUGAAAAAAAUUGGAACGACAACAAACAAACAAA